AUUUGAGUUUGCGCGAAAUAGAAAAAUAAUUUUGCAGCUAUUUUAAUACAUAAUUUAAAGUUUAUCUUUAUCUCGUAUAGUAAUCGGUCAUAGUAUAGCUUAAAUUGAUAGGAAAUGUCGCGAUUUAGUGAUUGCCAUAUAAUUUAAUUGUGAUGGAAGGUAAUGAAAGGGAGGAAACGGAAAAACAUGAAAAAGGAAAGAUUGAAAAAGAAAAUUCUUUGUUAAGUUACUCGACAACUUCACCAGAAAGCUGUGGUGAUGAAAAUGUGAUAAAUGAAAAAAAUGAUUCCGGAUCUUUGGAUCGAAAUGAAGAGCAACAACAACAACAAAGAGAAACAAAUUCUAGUCAUAGUGGCGACUCGUGCAAUGGAGCGGGAUCUUGUUCGGGUGUCAGACGAAAAGCCAUUUCAGUAGUUAAUCAGGAGAAAGAGCCUCGUAAUGGAACGAAAAAGAAAGUGCGAAAGUCGCCAAUCCAAGAAUUUCAGCUAUGGAAUCUCAUGAAUUGUCAAACGGAGGAAACAGAUCUCGGAGGCAUCACUGCCAUAGUUAAUUAUCAUCGGCCUUUAGAACGUUCAUUUCCACAAACAAGUAAGUCUCUUAAAGCGUCUCAAUCAGAACCCGACGACUUUGGAUUUGAUAUUAUCGACAUUGACGAGUUGCGAGUUCCAAUUGAAUCAUCUCAAACUGAUAAAAAGCCUUCAAUUGAACAACUUAUUGAGAACAUUCAACAGCCACCAUUGGCGACACCGGAAACUGAUGGAAGCUUAUCGGAAAAUACUCCAUCAAAACUUUUAUUGAAACGACAAUUGGCGAACUCUAAAGAUAGUUUAGCAGAAGGGACGCCAAAAUCAUCGAAAAUUCUUGGUGCUAUAAACGAAAGUGCUUUCAUCGACAAAGAAGAGUUUAAUUUUGUCGAUGAUCUUGCCGCUUCCACUAAUCACUUGAUGCCACAAAAUUAUUUAUUUAAUAGUAGUAGUAACAGCGGUGACCUCGCUGCUGGACCCAAAUUCAUCACUGAUCAUUUAAUUCCUUUAAUUAAACCUCAUCGACCAUUGGCAAGAACACUUUCAAAUGGAAAGUCAAGAUUUCAGCAACGAAAUGAAAUGUUUGGCAAUUAUGGAGAAAUGUCGCUCGAUGCGAAUUUAAAUUUGAGAAGAAGUCCAACAUCUGGUGCAUCAACACGUUCAACUUCACCAUUGGAAUGUGUCUCAUCACCAGAUAGAAGUUCGCCAGUCACUCACCAUCAAAUUCGAGGAAGAACUUUAGCUCGUUGUCCACCAACGCCCACGCAUCAUCGUCGAAUCAGAUCUUUGUCAGAUGGCUUUAGUGCUGGCAGUUUUGAUCGAUCGAAGACUCUCGCUCCGACAGAAAUAUCGCCAAAUGUUGCAGUGCCUGAAAUACGACACGCUGACAUUGUCAGUUUAUCAAAUCGUCAAGAGCCGAUGCGAACGACUGAGUUGAGAAAUGAAGAAAGCGAAGUUGAUUCACCAAUUCGUCACAUUUCAAGUACAAGAUUGCCGUCAAUUCCAGAACGUGCGCUUGUAUCACGAGGUGUUGUGACAGAAGAUGAGCCACCAUUGCCGACAGCAUGGGAAGCUCGAAUGGACAGCCAUGGAAGAAUCUUUUACAUCGAUCAUGCAUCACGAACAACAAGCUGGCAACGCCCAACAAAUGCAGGAAUUCUUCCUGGACCUGAUCAACAUCGUCAACAACUUGAUCGUCGUUAUCAAUCGAUUAGAAGAACAAUUUACAGUCGAAAUCGAAGUCCGACAGCUUCAGCUGCUUACACAAGACAAAUGCAAAACAACGAACAAUAUGAAAGCGUCAUCAACGAAUCUCAUCCAGCUUUGAUGAUGAUUUGUCGACCUGAUUUUUAUUCUCUUUUACAUACGAAUCAAGAAGCUAUCGACAUUUAUAACAGCGUGUCGGCACUCAAACACAUGACAAAUCGUAUUCGACGUGAUCCGUCUUUAUUCCAACGAUAUCAACAUAAUCGCGAUUUAGUCGCUUUAAUUAAUUGCUUUGCUGUUAUUAACAUGGAUUUGCCAUCGCAAUGGGAAACGAAAUUGGAUUCAUCUGGUAAACAAUUCUUCAUUGAUCAUGUUCAUCGAAAGACUUCAUUUAUGGAUCCACGUUUGCCGAUUGAUUGUCCGAGAAGUCGAAGAAGAGUUGACGAGCAUCCAAUUCCACCUCCGAGACCAGCAGGUUUACCACGACUACAUAUUGGAUCACCAGAAGUUCCUGUCGCUUACAAUGAGAAGGUUGUUGCGUUUCUUCGACAACCGAACAUUUUAGAAAUUCUUCGUGAACGUCAUGGAACGAAUUGUUCAAGGAGUUUAAGAGAAAAAAUUAAUUCGAUAAGAGUUGAAGGGACAACUGCUUUAGAGCGACUUGGACAUGAUUUGCAAUUAACAAUAUUGCUAAGUCUUUUUGAAAACGAAAUCAUGAGUUAUGUGCCAGUGGAAGCACGUAACAGCAAUAGUCCAACGCUAGGAUCACCAAAUCUUAAUAAUUCACGUUCAACACAGCGUGCACAACCGCCAAUCAGAAGAGAUUUUGAAGCGAAGCUUAGAACUUUCUAUCGUAAAUUAGAGUCAAAAGGAUACGGUCAAGGUCCGCACAAGUUAAAAUUGCACAUAAGACGUUCACAUUUGCUAGAAGAUGCUUACAAUAGAAUAAUGUCAGCGAAUAAAAAAGACUUGCAACGGGGACGCUUGGCAGUGCUUUGGGACACUGAAGAAGGUCUUGAUUAUGGUGGACCGUCACGUGAAUUCUUCUUUCUUUUAUCACGUCAAGUAUUCUCACCGUAUUAUGCUCUGUUUGAAUAUUCUGCCGUCAACUCGUAUUCAGUGCAGAUAUCACCACUCUCAGCUUUUGUAGACAAUUGUCACGAUUGGUUUAGAUUUUGUGGUCGCGUUUUAGGACUUGCUUUGGUCCAUCAAUAUUUACUUGAUGCCUUCUUUACGAGACCAUUUUAUAAAGCUUUACUUAGACUUCCUUUGGCAUUAAGCGACAUAGAAGCACUAGACAAUGAAUUCCAUCAAUCACUCCAGUGGAUACGUGAUAACGAUAUUGGCACUGGAAACUCCCUUGGUCUUACUUUCUGCGUGACAGAAGAACUUUUAGGUCGCAUUGUUGAGAAGGAGCUAAAGUCGGGAGGUAAAAAUAUCACCGUAAAUGAGAAAAACAAGAAAGAAUAUUUGGAGAGAAUAAUUAAAUGGAGACUGGAACGAGGCGUACAAGAACAAACGGAAUCUCUUGUUAGAGGAUUUUAUGAGGUCGUUGAUCCGAGAUUAGUUUCUGUUUUUGACGCUCGUGAAUUAGAGCUUGUGAUUGCUGGAACCGCUGAAAUUGACAUCAAUGAUUGGAGGCAAAAUACGGAAUAUCGUGGCGGUUAUCACGACUCACAUCAAGUCAUUAUUUGGUUCUGGCAUGUAAUCGAAAGAUUUUCUAAUGAACAACGACUGAGAUUACUUCAAUUUGUGACCGGAACAAGCUCAAUUCCCAUCGAUGGAUUUGCGAAUCUACGAGGCAGUACAGGUCCAAGAAGGUUUUGUAUUGAGAAAUGGGGAAAGCCAAAUAGUUUGCCACGUGCUCAUACUUGUUUUAAUAGAUUGGAUUUACCAAAUUAUCCAACACCUGACGUGCUUUUCGAGAAACUUCUACUGGCAGUUGAAGAGACUUCAGGAUUUUUAAUUGAAUAAAUUUUUUGGACGGCAAACGAACGUGACUUUACAUUUCAUGCGAAACUGAUGGCUGACAUAAGAGGAAAGAGAAAUAAUUAUGAAACUGCACGUCUCUCUUUCUCACUCACUUGAUUUUUAAUUUUUUAUUGUAUUGUUUAUGUGAUUUUUAUGACUUUUCAUAGAGCAUACAUACAAAGUGACUGUUAGAAUAUUUUUCUUAAUUAAUUUUCAUUCCAUAGAAGCGUAAAUGAAAUGAAGUUUUAAGAUAAAUAUUUAAAAAGUAACAAAAAGCUUUUUUUUGCAUUUCAUUCGAUAAUUGAGUUUUCCUUCUUAAUUCUCGUCUCGAUUUAAUUUAGACACGCCGAAUUGAACCUCGUACAAGUGAAACUAUUAGAAUAUGUUUUUAAGUUUAGGAACAUAGAUUAUGAACACAAACCAGCACACACAAAACAGCCGUACAAUAAGAAAUGAAAUUUAAAAUAAACUUAAUUACGCCACAAAUGAUUGUAGUUUUGCCUUCCUGUUGGCUUUCCAUUUCAAUUACGCUUUCAGCAAUAGGCCAGUUCUUUAUAUUCAUUGUAGAUUUAUGAAAAACUAAACAAUUGUUAACAUUAAAUAAAAUGAUGGAAACAUUAAUUACAACUAAUAAAGAUUUAAGAAACAGAA